AAUGGCACGCAUCUUUCAUCUCGUGAAUUUUUGCGGACGAAAUAAAAUUUUAUUUUCCAACAAAUUUAAAACAAGUGUUAAAUUAGGAUUCGGUGAUAAAUAUUUUAAACUCUACACAUGUUCCCCGAGGAUUCAAUAUUUGUCCUGAGCACCUGUUAAUUGUAAGGACACCAUCAAAACAUAAAAACCCGAGGAGAGAGCGCUCUUGUUACAUAAAAAACCAUUUACCUACCUCACUUGAAUCAAUACGCAAUCAAAACCAAUUCAAAUCAUGGGAAGAACAAAACGCUUACGAAGCAUCAAAAAACGUAAUCAGAACAUAGUUGCAGAGAAAUGUGAUUCUGCCAUCUCAUUGUACCAUUACAUGAGACAAUUUGGUUGGAAAAAUGAGAAGAAGCUCACUUGCCUUAACUUUUCCACAACCGGAAGAGGACUUUGCUCUAAAAUGACCAUUCUCGAAGAAGAUCCCAUUAUAAGACUACCCCUUGAAGCAAUGAUCACCAUCGCUACCCUUGAAAACGACCAGGACUUUCGGGAUCUAACAGAGGAUUUGGCAAACUUUGAUACAAAAGUUUAUUUCCAAAGCCUGCUCGCACUCUACGUUUUGUUUCAAAAGCACUCAAACGAUUCCCAGUUCCGACAGUACAUCGAGUCGAUACCUUCUUCGUUUUCGACUCCGUAUUUUUGUCAGAGCGAUGAACUUUAUUUCCUCCCAGAAAUUGUCUUACUCCAAUCUGUUGAUCAGAACAGAAAAAUUCGUGAGUCCUACACAGCAAUGCAAACCGCCCUUGGAAGCAAGCUUUGUCCUUGCUGUGGACUUCAAUACUUCAAAGAAGUCUUUACUUUGAAAGAUUUUAAAUGGGCAUAUUUCGCUGUGAAUUCCCGCAGCGUAUUCGUUAAUGACUAUGAAAUCCAGCCAUUGGUAAAGGAUGCUUCGAGGGCUUGGGUUAAGAAGAUCCUAUGCGAUAAACCAGAUAUGGCACUUGCUCCGUUCUUAGAUUUGUUCAACCAUUCUGAUGCUGCUCUCACUGAGCCUCUGAUCGAAAAGGAAGACAAUCACUUGCAUUACCAACUAAUCACGAAAAACUCCUACCAACCCUACGAGCAAAUAUUCAUAAGUUAUGGAAAUUUGACUAAUCUCAAACUAUUCACCGAAUACGGCUUCUCGUUGGAUGAUAACUCGAAUGAUUAUUUCGAAAUAACACUGGUUGACAUAGAAGCGUUAAUUAAGACCGAGGCCAAAUUCAAAGGAGUGUUCUUUCACAGUAACAAGUUUAAGUUCAUACGCGAGCAUAAUUUGAACGACCAAAUGUUCAUACAUGCCACUGACGGUCUAUCGCAUAACCUGCAAGUUGUGCUCUAUUUGAUUUUCAAAGAGCCAUCUCACUUCCCGAAUGUUCUCAAUCAAACUGCCUUUGGAUCGAGUGUAGUUUUUGAACAAUCAGUUGAGGACGAAGCGAGGCUAUUGUGUUUGUUCAAGAUUAAGGAGUAUCAAAGCUUUGUAGAUAGUUUAGUCAAAUUAAAAGAACUCUCUAGCAGUGGUCAAGCGUCUGUUGUGUUCUUGAAACACAGCAUUUCUUAUUUACAGAAAUAUUUAGAUAAAUUUGUAUAAUUUUUCCCAUUUUAACGACAAGGUUAUGUUGGUAUGAGCAGUAAUAAGAAUUUUAAAGAUUUAAUAAAUAUAUUUUAUAUUUUUCUGUAUUCAUUCUUGUGCCUUUUGCUAUUUUGAGUUUUUAACUUUAAAAAAAUGUAAAUAUUUUUAUACAAAAUACAAGUUUCUUAAUAAAUAUGUAACAAAAU